AUGUCUGGACGUGGAAAGGGAGGAAAAGGCUUAGGAAAAGGUGGCGCCAAGCGUCAUCGCAAAGUUCUCCGUGAUAACAUCCAAGGCAUCACCAAGCCAGCCAUCCGCCGUCUCGCUCGUCGUGGUGGAGUUAAGAGAAUCUCAGGCCUCAUCUACGAAGAAACUCGUGGUGUCCUGAAAGUGUUCCUCGAGAACGUGAUUCGUGACGCCGUCACCUACUGUGAACACGCCAAGAGAAAGACCGUCACCGCCAUGGAUGUCGUCUACGCCCUCAAGCGCCAAGGCAGAACCCUCUACGGUUUCGGUGGAUAA